UGCACAGAAUUGACCUGACCUGUGAGGUGAAAAGAAAUGGCUCUUUCCAGUUCUCAUAGGGUGACAAUGAAUGAUGGGAAUACCAUCCCAGUGCUGGGAUUUGGUACUUACGGACCUAGAACUGUUCCCAAAAGUGAAAGUGAGAUGGCCACAAAGCUGGCUAUUGAAGUGGGCUUCCGCCAUAUUGAUGGGGCUUUCUUUUAUGGAAAUGAAAAAGAAGUUGGGCAGGCAAUCCAAGCAAAGAUGGCAGAUGGGACAGUGACCAGAGAGGACAUAUUCUACACAGGGAAGCUUUGGAGUACAUGCCACCGCCCAGAAUUAGUCAGGCCUGCCCUGGAAGAGACCCUGAAGAACCUCCAGCUUGAUUACCUUGACCUUUAUAUUAUCCAUUCUCCUAUUUCUCUUAAACCUGGCAAAGACAUGAUGCCAAUGGAUGAAAAUCACAAAGUUAUUGGUGACUCUGUGGAUUUACGUGACACUUGGGAGGCCAUGGAGAAAUGUAAGGAUGCAGGCCUUGUGAAGUCCAUUGGAGUGUCCAACUUCAACCGCAGGCAAUUGGAGAUGAUCCUGAAUAAAACUGGGCUUAAAUAUAAACCUGUCUGCAACCAGGUGGAAUGCCAUCCCUACCUGAACCAGAGCAAAUUGUUGGAAUUCUGCAAGUCAAAUGAUAUCAUACUGGUAGCAUGCAGUGCUUUGGGUUCCCAGAGAGAGCCUCCAUGGGUAGAUGAAAAAUCUCCCAUCCUCCUAGAAGACCCAUUCCUGGGAGCCAUUGCCAAGAAGCACAAUCGGAGCCCAGCCCAGGUUGCUCUCCGAUACCAGAUUCAGCGAGGGGUGGUAGUCCUGGCAAAGAGCUUCACUGAAAAGCGGAUAAUGGAGAACUUUCAGAUAUUUGAGUUCCAGUUGCCUCCAGAAGACAUGAAAGUCAUUGAUGGCCUUAACAGAAACCUUCGUUACCUGAUGCCUCAUCAAUUGCAGGAACAUCCCAACUAUCCUUAUAAUGAUGAAUACUAA